GCCGUGUCGUCAGGGAAAGCGGAGCCAGUCCUCACAGUUCACGCGCUAGUCUCUACCGGCCCGGGCUCUUCCGUUACAUCAACUGUUAAAAAUAAAAGAGCUAUAGAGGGCCAGAAGACCGGCGGCAGGUGAAAUGGACGAACCGUCGGAACAAAUGCGGCCCCUUCUGAGAACAGGUCUAGAUGAGGAGGCAAUAGUUGACCAUGGAAAGUCCAGCUUCACCACUCAAACAAACUAUGAAAGGGAAGAUUUGGAAAGCCACAGAGCAGUGUAUGUAGGAGUCCAUGUUCCUCUUGGAAGAGAGGGCAAACGGAGGCAUCGCCACCGAGGACACAAACAUCACCGAAAGAAGAAAGAGAGGGACUGUGAGGAGGGGAAGGAAGAUGGCAGGGAAUCCCCCACAUAUGACACACCUUCCCAGCGGGUCCAGUUCAUCCUGGGUACAGAGGACGAUGACCUGGAGCACGUACCCCACGACCUCUUCACCGAGCUGGACGAGCUCUCCUUCAGACAUGGCAGUGCCACUGAAUGGAAGGAGACUGCCAGGUGGUUGAAGUUUGAAGAGGAUGUGGAAGACGGCGGGGAGAGGUGGAGUAAGCCCUAUGUGGCUACGUUGUCACUACACAGCUUAUUUGAACUGCGGAGCUGCAUACUCAACGGCACAGUCAUGCUGGAUAUGAGGGCCAACAGUAUCGAGGAAAUUGCGGACAUGCUGAUAGACAGCAUGGUGGCAUCGGGCCAGCUGAAAGAAGAUUUGCGCUACAACGUCCGGGAAGCCAUGCUGAAGAAGCACCACCACCAGAACGAGAGAAAACUCAGCAAUCGCAUCCCUCUGGUGCGCUCCAUCGCUGACAUAGGCAAGAAACAUUCUGACCCGCUCUUGCUUGAACGAAACGGAGAGGGCCUGUCCUCUUCACAUCUCUCUCUCCACAAGCCAGGGUCAGCCUCCUCUGUCUCCAACCUCUCCCAGAGGCGAGAGUCCAGGGUCUCCGUCCUGCUCAACUAUCUCCUGCCCUCCUCUUCUUCCAACACUGGGCAAACCCCAGGCCCUCCGCUCCUCACCACCCCUCAAAGUACCCCAUCUACCUUCCGCCACUCCUCCCUAACCCACGGCGCAGGCCUUGGCCCUCAAGGCAUCCCUGAGGUGGUGGUGUCGCCUCCCGAGGAUGACGAACCACCAAACUCUGCAGAGGAAGAGGCGUCAUCACCAGAGCUCAGCCGGCGACCAUCCUCGGCAUCCCAGGGCUUCGAGCUGAUGCCCUUAGAAGGACCACUGGUGUCUCCGAACUCUCUCCCGAACAACCUGGAUGGCAACAAGGCCGUGGAGAGGAGACCUUCCAAAGUAGGGGUCAGUAGAGAAAGCAGCAGUGUCGACUUCAGCAAGGUGGACAUGAAUUUCAUGAAAAAGAUUCCUCCGGGUGCCGAAGCUUCCAACGUCCUGGUGGGAGAAGUGGACUUCCUGGAGAAGCCCAUAAUUGCUUUUGUACGACUGUCCCCUGCUGUCCUCAUCACAGGCCUCACAGAGGUGCCGGUGCCCACGAGGUUUCUUUUCCUGCUUUUGGGUCCUCAUGGCAAAGGGCCACAGUACCAUGAGAUUGGCCGAUCCAUGGCCACACUCAUGACGGAUGAGAUUUUCCACGAUGUGGCAUACAAGGCCAAAGACCGAACGGAUCUCCUCUCGGGGAUAGAUGAGUUCCUUGAUCAAGUGACUGUCCUGCCUCCUGGAGAAUGGGACCCCACAAUCCGGAUUGAGCCCCCCAAGAACGUCCCAUCUCAGAUGAAGAGGAAGAGACCGUCCCAACCAAACGGCAAUGCGUCUCCAUCUGGAGAGCAGGAAAAGGAGGAGGACCACGCUGGACCUGAGCUGCAGAGGACCGGAAGGAUAUUUGGAGGUCUGGUCCUGGACGUCAAGCGGAAGUUACCGUUCUACUGGAGCGACAUCAGAGACUCCCUCAGUCUGCAGUGUCUGGCCUCCGUCCUGUUCCUCUACUGCGCCUGCAUGUCCCCUGUCAUCACAUUUGGAGGUCUGCUCGGGGAGGCAACAAAAGGCAACAUAAGUGCCAUAGAGUCUCUGUUUGGGGCCUCACUGACGGGAGUGGCGUACUCCCUGUUUGCAGGCCAGCCCCUCACUAUUCUUGGCAGCACGGGCCCCGUUUUAGUGUUUGAGAAGAUCCUCUUCAAGUUCUGCAAGGACUAUGGCCUGUCCUACCUGUCGCUGCGGACCAGCAUUGGUCUGUGGACAGCCUUCAUGUGUCUGGUCCUGGUGGCCACAGAUGCCAGCUCCCUUGUCUGCUACAUCACCCGCUUCACAGAGGAGGCCUUCGCUGCUCUCAUCUGCAUCAUCUUCAUCUACGAGGCUCUGGAGAAGCUCUUCCACCUGGGAGAACACUACCCUAUCAACAUGCACAGCAACUUGGACAACCUUACCCUGUACUCGUGUCAGUGCUCAGCCCCGGUGAACGCCUCGGAGGAGCUCAUGCAGAAGUGGAACAGCACCGGAUACAGCUCAGACUCUAUCCAAUGGAGCAGCCUCAAUGUGUCGAUGUGUAAGACGCUCCAUGGGGAGUUUGUGGGUGAUGCCUGCGGUCAUCAGGGGCCCUACAUCCCAGAUGUUCUCUUCUGGUCCAUCAUCCUCUUCUUCACCACCUUCUGCCUGUCCUCCUUCCUUAAGCAGUUCAAGACGGAGAGAUAUUUUCCCACACUGGUGCGAUCCACUAUCAGCGACUUCGCUGUGUUUAUAACCAUCAUGGUCAUGGUGUUGGUGGACUAUCUGAUGGGGAUCCCUUCUCCUAAACUGAAUGUCCCUGACCGCUUUGAGCCAACUUCAAAGAACAGAGGCUGGCUGAUGGACCCGUUAGGAGUAAAUCCCUGGUGGACGCUGCUGGUGGCGGCGCUUCCUGCCUUGCUCUGCACCAUCCUCAUCUUUAUGGACCAGCAGAUCACUGCAGUCAUCAUCAACCGCAAGGAGCACAAGCUCAAGAAAGGCUGUGGCUAUCACCUGGAUUUGCUGAUAGUGGCAAUAAUGCUGGGUGUGUGCUCCAUUAUGGGCCUGCCGUGGUUCGUGGCUGCCACCGUCCUCUCCAUCUCCCACGUUAACAGCCUGAAGGUGGAGUCUGGCUGCUCCGCCCCUGGAGAGCAGCCCAAGUUUCUGGGCAUCCGGGAGCAGCGGGUCACUGGAUUCAUGAUCUUCGUCCUCAUGGGCUGUUCUGUUUUUAUGACAUCGGUGCUCAAGUUUAUUCCUAUGCCAGUCCUCUAUGGAGUCUUUCUCUACAUGGGUGUCUCCUCCCUCAAAGGCAUUCAAUUCUUUGACAGAAUCAAGCUGUUCGGCAUGCCUGCCAAGCACCAGCCCGAUCUGAUCUACCUGCGCUACGUGCCGCUGUGGAAGGUCCAUGUCUUCACUCUGGUGCAGCUCACCUGUUUGGUGCUGCUCUGGGUCAUAAAGGCCUCCGCAGCAGCCGUCGUAUUUCCCAUGAUGGUUCUGGCGCUGGUCUUUAUCCGAAAGCUUCUGGACUUUUCCUUCACAAAGAGAGAGCUGAGCUGGCUGGAUGACUUGAUGCCAGAAAGCAAGAAGAAGAAAGAGGACGACAAGAAAAAGAAAGCACAAGAAAAGCUGGCUUCCACUGCUGCUUUCACUCAGGAAGAAGAGGCCAGACUGUACAAAGAAGAGGAGAGGGAACUGAAGGUCAACUUUGAAGGCUCAAACCUUCUCAACAUCCCAGUGAAAGCACUCUCGGGGAGUUCUGAAUCUGACCCCUUGGUUUUAAAUAUCUCUGAUGAAAUGGACAAAACGUCAACAUGGAAAGCAGUGAACUCGAGUGCAGAGUCAUGUGUCCAACCUGUGAAGCGUAGUGAAAGCCAGGAGAAGAUGGCCUGCGUUAGAGUCGACGUCAGCCCCGAAACACCAGGAGGGUGCUCCACUACCGAGACCUUCCUGUGAUCAACGGAGGCCCUCCUCCCGUCUCGAU